AUGCUGUCGCCUGCCUCUAUCCCACAGCGACCAUACACUGAGUGUCCUGAUGUAGCAGUGCUGCAGAAGGAGAUCGAAGCACAUUUGGUGAGCUACAACGAGAUGUCUUCCAAGCCCAUGGACUUGGUGUGCUUCCUUUACAUGUUGGAACACCUCGCACGCGUGGCUCGUGUCAUCAAGAGCCCGGGUGGAAACGCCCUGCUGGUGGGCUUGGGCGGCUCGGGCCGACAGAGUUGCACCCGCUUGGCCUGCUACAUGGCGGACUUUGCUGUCUUCCAAAUCGAGAUUGCCAAGGGCUAUGAUAUGUCAGCAUUCAGAGAGGACAUGAAGAAAAUGCUGACAAAAGCCGGUGGAAGCGAGGAACGCACGAUUUUCCUCUUCAGCGACACACAGAUCAAGGAUGAAGGCUUCGUGGAGGAUGUGAACAAUCUGCUGAACACAGGGGAGAUUCCUAACCUCUUUCCUGCAGAGGAGCGGGUUGCGGUCUGCGAGAUGGUGCGCAAGGCGGCCGUGGAUGAAGGGAAAGCUCCAGUGGCGUGCUCAGUGGCUACGAGUGGCCGCCGAGACAGACAGGUCGAGGAUUUUUUGUACUCGUAG